AAGGAUACAGGUAUUUUUUUGAGUAAUAUUUUAUGUUGACUGAUCUGUUUUCUAUUUGAACCUUUUUCUAUCUAUCUUAUAAAUUAUAAUCUAAUAUAUUAUCUGUUAGAAAAUAAUGUUUGCGGUAUGGGCUAUGAACUAGACUUAAAAUCAGAUUACCCAACCGACCGUGGAAAAUUUGAUGAAGCAGUAACAGAUACAUUGAAAAGAAGCAUACUGAAAUUUGGCUCAUGUAGGCCUAGCAUAGAAUUUCCCAGGACUGAAAACAGAUGUUUUUCUUUACAUUAUUACUAUAUGGUAACAAAAGGUGGUUUAAAAAUUCCACGUGAUUGGCUAUGUUAUUCAGUGUUGUUAGAUGUGGCAUAUUGUGAAACGUGUUGGCUAUUCGCUGAUCGAAUGAGUGGGAAAUUCAAUAAAGAAUGGAUAGAAGGUGUGAGUGAUUGGCAACAUUUAUCCCAAAGUAUACAACGGCACGAAGCAUCCAUACAACACUUGUAUGCAUCUAAAGUUAGAUCUUUAUGGAUUAAAAACCAAACUAUAGAUAUAAAUAUAGAAAAUCAGUACUCUCAAGAGGCUAUGUUAUGGAGAAAUGUAUUAAAACGUAUAAUAAAAAUCAUUUUAUGUUUGACUGCCGGUAAUUCAGGAUUGCGUGGUAAUGAAGGUAGUUUGAAGAUAAAAAAUCCUAAUGAAGGUAAUUUUUUACGAACUGUUAAAUUACUUGCAGAGUUUGAUCCCGUCUUAAAUAAUAUAAUGAAUGACGAAAAACAAAAAAUUAAGUAUCUCAGUCCAUUGAUCCAGAACGAAAUAAUAGAUAUUUUAUCUUCUGAUCUUUGUCGUAUAAUUUGUGAUGACAUUAGAUCAAGUUGUUUUUUCUCAGUUAUCAUAGACUCAACACAAGAUAUAACUAAAGAAGAUCAAGUUAGUCUUAUCAUUCGUUACACUGUUGUUGAUUAUGAAAAAAAGCAUAUAGAAAUUAGAGAAUCAUUUUUAGGGUUUUUUUUAUUAAAAAAACACGGUGCCUCUGAUUAUGCUGAACUUUUGCAACAUACUUUAUCCUCAUAUCGAUUAAAUAUAGAAAAAUGUAGAGGUCAGGGAUAUGAUGGAGCAGCUGUCAUGAGUGGUGCUAACUCAGGUGUUCAAAAAAGAAUUCUUGAAAUAGUACCAAAUGCCACAUUUGUACAUUGUUGCUCUCAUAAUUUAAAUUUGGUCAUAAGCGAUGCUGCCAAAAGUACUAGAGAAAUAUCAACGUUUUUUGAAACUGUUCAAGAUGUAUACAAUUUUUUUAGUUCCAGUGCACCGCGAUGGUCUCAACUAGCUCUUGGAGAAGAAGAAAGUUCAAAAUUAAGAAAAAUAACAUUAAAAAAGGUAUGCGCUACGCGUUGGGAGGCGCGCCACAAUGCAUUAUUUUCAUUGAAACAGCGUUUUGUGGAUGUUUUAAAAGCUUUUACAAGAAUUCAGUUAACUAGUACUAAAAAAGAUGAAAUUAAUAUAGCCACAGCUCUUAAAAAGAAACUUGAAUCAGCAGAGUUUGUUUUACUUUUAUGUAUUUGGGAAAAAAUAUUGAAGUCUUUGUUUGUUGUUUCCAAAAUUCUGCAAUCUGUUUCUAUAGAUUUACAACAAGCAUUUGAGCUGUUAAAAAAUGCGCAUGCAGAAAUUUCAAAACUAAGAGAUGAGUAUGAUACAUUUGUAGAUAACUCUAAAACUAAGGCUGACCGUAACAGAAGAUAA